GCUCCCAUCCUCGAUUGCGUGAAGAGACUCCUCUGGUCGUCGCUGGCGCCAUGCCGUCUGCGUGUUCCAUGAAAACGGGACCAGAGAUGGCCGAAAGGGGAGCAUACAGAGGCCACGAGAAAACUUGCCAUCUUUCAUCAACUCCUCAAGCUCUUUCACAAGACCAGGAAAUUGGGAGGAGAGCACGCCGGCCAGGAUGAAACACAGGACAGAGUUGAGCCAAUGGGAGCGCAUUAUGACCCCGAAGUGGCUAGCUCACGGAACACCAACCCCCAUGUCCCCCCCAUGUCCACGAUGAGAAGUCUGAUCAAACCUCAACGGCCCUUCCAUAAGCCUCCUUUGCUAUCUCUCCCCCCUCUCUUCCCUCCCUCCCUCUUCUCUUCCCCUCUCUCUCCCUCUCCCCUCUUCUCGUCUUUCGCUCCAGACGUCACUCUGGGCUGUCGCUCUUUUAUUCAUCCUCCCUCGUCAUCGCCCGAAGUCGCUCCUUUCCCGCCUAUAUUCGAACCUCGUCUCCCGGAAUCUCCAACCCUGGUGGUCAUUUCCAGCCGCGCUGCUUUUAUCCUGCCUUGGACUGCUUCUUUCUCCAUAGGUCACCUGCAUCCCACAACCCUCCCCUUGCUUGCACUGCAUAUUUCCGUGCCCAUUCUGGCGACUCCAACUUCCAAACCCGCUGUUGCUCCAUCCCCAGCCCUCCACCUCAGUCAUAUCUGAACCCCCGUCGCCCCACCGCUUCCAUUUGCGAGCCUGGGCGCUGCUCACUUCACCUCUGUCCAACCCACCGUCGACCCUGGUCCUCUCGUCUGCCCCCCCUAUUUGGAAGACUACCACAGUUGGCUGCUUUAGCCCUUGCCACAUCUGUCUUUUGCUGGUCAAGGCAGAUACCUCGCUACA